AUGGUGGAAGGUGAAGCUCUCGUCAAUGAACUCGCCACCAAGCUCAGGAAACGGAAGGUGGUGGGUUCUAGAGAGACUGCUCGGCUGACGGCGGAGUUGUUCCGGACGGUGAUAUCCCUGCAGAGGGUGACGUCAGCCGCCCUUGUUGAGGUAGUCAGAGAUGUUGGCCAGAAGCUUAUUGCUGCCAACCCUGUUGAGCUUGCUGUUGGGAACAUUGUUAGGCGUGUUCUGCGCAUCAUUAGGGACAGUGAUCUUUCACUGGAAGUUGAAGGAUUAACUUUAGUCUCUCAAGGUGAUGAUGGAGAUGUUGUUGAGGAAGAUGAUAAACCAUUUCGAUUAUCUGAUGCUAUUUCCCAAACAAUUUUCCAUCCGCCUUCAUUGGUGGCACAGCUUGAAAGCAAACCCAACUUGGUUCGCCACUUUGAGGGAAAAGCUGAUAAAACUCCUAGGAGCUGGCAGUUUAAGCACCACAUCAUUGAGGGAGUUAAUGAUCUCAUUGAGGAUAUAAAUACUUGCCAUGAACUGAUCGCAGACCAGGCGUUGGAGCUUAUACAUCAAAAUGAGGUGAUACUAACAUUAGGUCAUUCAAGGACAGUGAAGAACUUCCUCUAUGCUGCAAAGGAGAAGAAAAGAUCGUUCCAUGUCUAUGUGGCCGAGGGUGCUCCUAAGCAUUUGGGGCAUGUGCUUGCAAAUGAGUUGGCUGAAAAGCAUUUGCGAACAACCGUUAUUCCAGACUCUUCAGUGUUUGCCAUGAUUUCAAGAGUUAACAUGGUUAUAGUCGGGGUUCAUGCUGUGAUGGCCAACGGUGGGGUCAUUGCGCCUGUUGGGAUGAAUAUGGUUGCACUUGCUGCGAAAAGGCACGCUGUUCCAUUUGUUGUGGUUGCUGGCACUCAUAAGUUAUGUCCCCUAUUUCCAAACAAUCCAGAGGUUUUGCUGAAUGAUAUGAGAUGUCCAUCCGAGCUAUUACCUUUUGGGGAUUUCUCAGAUUGCAUGGAUUAUAGUGUUGGUAGUGGAGCUCCUCAUUUGCAUGUUGUUAAUCCUGCAUUUGAUUAUGUGCCUCCCGAGCUAGUCAGUCUUUUUGUUACUGAACUAGGGGGUUAUCAUCCAUCGUACAUCUAUAGGCUCAUUGCGGAUUAUUACUCUGAUGAUGAUAUAGUUCUGCAACAAAAACCUGCUUGCUGA